AUGGCUGCGGCGGCGGUGAUGGUGAGCUCGGCGGGCUCCCUGCUGGCGAUGCUGCAAGAGCCGGCGCCGGAGCUCAAGCUCCACGCGCUCGCCAGCCUCAACUCCCUCGUCCACGCCUUCUGGCACGAGAUCUCCACCAGCGUCUCCUCCAUUGAGAGUUUGUAUGAAGACGAAGAGUUUGUCCAGAGGCAGCUUGCAGCACUAGUUGCCUCUAAGGUGUUUUUCUACUUGGGUGAGCUAAAUGAUGCUCUGUCGUAUGCACUUGGCGCUGGACCCCUGUUUGAUGUUUCUGACGACUCUGAUUAUGCUCAAACACUGUUAGCAAAAGCUUUGGAUGAAUAUGUUGCCAUCCAAUCAAGGGCCACUGGGGAAGAAAAAACAAUGGACCCUAGGCUGGAGGCCAUUGUGGAAAGGAUGUUGGACAAGUGCAUUCUUGAUGGAAAGUAUCAACAGGCCAUGGGUAUGUCUGUUGAGUGCCGGAGACUGGAUAAACUGGAGGGAGCAAUUUCUCGAUGUGAUAAUCUUCAUGGAGCUCUUUCAUAUUGCAUCAAUCUGUCUCACCAAUAUGUUAGUCACCGCGAAUAUCGAUUGGAGAUUCUACGAUGUCUUGUCAAAAUAUAUCAGACAUUGCCAAAUCCAGAUUAUUUAAGCAUUUGCCAGUGUCUUAUGUUCUUGGGUGACCCUGUAAGUGUUGCAAGCAUCUUGGACAAGCUGAUUUCUGGAAGCAACGAUGAUGCUCUCCUUGCGUACCAAACUGCUUUCGAUCUUGCUGAAAAUGAAAAUCAGGCUUUCCUCCUGAAUGUGCGGAAUCACCUUGAUGCAUUGAGUUCACAUACUUCUGCCCGUGUGGACCCUGACAGCGGACCGGCUGUACCAAGUAAUCAAACUAAUGCUGCUACAGAACCAUCUGGGGAUGUCCAGAUGAGAGACGACAUAAACAUGCCAAACGGCAGUGCUACCACUGUGGAUCCAAAUGCAGCAACACAUGCUGAUAGGAUGACAAAAAUCAAGGGCAUACUGUCAGGAGAGACAUCUAUUCAGUUGACAUUGCAGUUCCUAUACAGCCAUAAUAGGUCUGAUCUUCAAAUUUUGAAGACUAUAAAGCAAGCUGUGGAAAUGAGGAACAGUGUCUGCCAUAGCGCAACAAUAUGCUCCAAUGCAAUCAUGCAUGCCGGAACAACAGUUGAUACCUUCCUCAGAGAAAACUUGGAAUGGCUAGGUAGGGCAACCAACUGGGCCAAGUUCAGUGCCACUGCUGGACUAGGCGUCAUUCAUAGAGGUCAUCUUCAACAAGGCCGCGCAUUAAUGGCCCCCUACCUGCCUCAGAAUGGUGCUGGUGGCAGUGGUAGCCCAUACUCGGAAGGAGGUGCCCUCUAUGCUCUUGGUUUGAUUCAUGCCAACCAUGGUGAAGGAAUCAAAGACUUUCUUCGUGAGAGUCUUCGCAACGCCACUUCUGAGGUGGUCCAACAUGGUGCUUGUCUGGGGCUCGGGCUUGCAGCACUAGGUACAUCAGAUGAGGAAAUAUGUGAGGACAUAAAGAAUAUUCUGUACACGGAUAGUGCUGUGGCCAGUGAGGCAGCUGGUAUUGGCAUGGGUUUGCUCAUGGUUGGCACGGCCAGUGAGAAGGCCACAGAGAUGCUUGCCUAUGCUCAUGAUACACAACAUGAGAAAAUUAUCAGGGGCUUGUCACUUGGAAUUGCAUUGACGGUGUAUGGCAGGGAAGAAGAAGCUGACACCUUGAUUGAACAAAUGACUAGAGAUCAAGAUCCCAUACUUCGUUAUGGUGGUAUGUAUGCAUUGGCUCUAGCAUACAGAGGGACUGCAAAUAACAAAGCUAUCCACCAGCUUCUGCAUUUUGCUGUGUCGGACGUGAGCGAUGAUGUGCGGAGGACUGCAGUGUUGGCUCUUGGCUUUGUCCUGUACAACGAGCCUGAACAGACACCCAGAAUUGUGUCCCUACUAUCAGAAUCAUACAAUCCACAUGUCCGUUAUGGUGCAGCUCUAGCUGUUGGAAUCUCCUGUGCCGGAACAGGAUUAAGUGAAGCCAUCUCCUUACUGGAGCCUCUGACAUCAGACGUCGUCGACUUUGUACGGCAGGGUGCUCUCAUUGCCAUGGCAAUGGUGAUGAUCCAGACCAAUGAAUCUUACGAUUCACGUGUCGGAGCAUUCAGGCGCCAGUUGGAAAAGAUAAUCCUUGACAAGCACGAGGAUACCAUGAGCAAAAUGGGCGCAAUACUGGCUUCCGGUAUUCUCGAUGCCGGUGGCAGGAAUGUCACCAUCAAGCUCAAGUCGAGGUCAAAGCAUGACAGGCUCACCGCUGUUGUCGGACUAGCUGUUUUCACCCAGUUCUGGUACUGGUACCCGCUCACCUACUUCAUAAGCCUUGCCUUCUCUCCGACGGCCCUCAUCGGCCUCAACUCUGACCUGAAAGUGCCAAAGUUUGAGUUCCUGUCGAACGCUAAGCCGUCGCUGUUCGAUUACCCCAAGCCAGUCACUCAGCAGACUGCGACCGCAUCAGUCAAGGUGCCGGCGGCCAUCUUGUCGACGUAUGCCAAGUCUAAGUCUAGGGCAAAGAAGGAAGCAGAGAGCAAGGCCAAGGAGAAAGCAGAGGAGUCUUCCAUAGCUUCAACUUCGAUGCAGGUGGAUGGCGCCGCUGCAGAGAAGAAGGCCCCCGAACCAGAGCCUACGUUCCAGAUUCUGACAAACCCAGCCCGGGUCGUUCCAGCCCAGGAGAAGUUCAUAAAGUUCCUGGAAGACAGCAGGUACAAGCCGGUGAAGGCUGCCCCCUCAGGCUUCGUCCUCCUGCAGGACCUCAAGCCCACGGAGGCCGAGGAGCUCACCCUAACUGACGCGCCGUCAACCGCCGCCACGACCAAUGCCCCGGCAUCCAGCGCCAGCGAGCCAGCUGCCAUGGCUGUCGACGAUGAGCCCCAGCCGCCCCGGCUUUCGAGUACACUGAUUAGAGGUUAUGAUGAUCCUCGGAUCGGGAUGUAUGGGUUGGGUUGUCUGUAG